AUGGCGGAACCUGCAACAGAGCAACUGCCGGAGAUGGUAAGUCAUCAUCUCCCUCCAUUUUCCCGACCGACGAUGCGGUUUUCUUUGAAAAAUUUGCCAGGAAGUUCAUCCAUUAGGGUUUCUGGAGAUCCCCUGUUAAUUGAUUUCGGAAUUUUCCAGAGCAUGGAGGCACAGGCGCAGGCGGAGGAGAGCCUGAAGUACUUGGGGUUCAUCCACCUGGCGGCGAUGCAGGCGCUGAUGUGCUUCUCGAGGCUCUACGUCUAUGCCAGGGAGAACUCGGGCCCUCUGAGGCCCGGAGUCCACACCAUGGAAGGCGCCGUCAAGACCGUCAUCGGCCCCGUCUACGACAAGUUCCAGGGCAUCCCCUACGAUCUCCUCAAGUCUGUCGACCAGAAGGUUAGUCCGAUUCUGCAUCCAUGAUCAGUAUCGACUUCAAGAAGCUCGAAUUUCAUCGCGGUUUUUAUGAUUUGGUCCGAUUCUGCAUCCAUGAUCAGGAUCGACUUGUAGAAGCUCGGAUUUCCUCUUUGAUUUUAUGAUUUGGUCCGAUUCUGCAUUCAUGAUCAUGAUCGACUUGAAGAAGUUCGGAUUUCCUUACGGAUUUCGUGAUUUCCCCCCCUCCUAUGACAGGUCGACGAGACGGUGAGCCACCUCCCUCCUUCGGUGAAGAACGCCUACGCGUCGGCUCGGAAGGCCCCUGAGGUCACCCGCUCUGUGGCCGGCGAGAUCCACCGCGCCGGCGUGGUAGGAGCGGCGGCCGAUCUGGCGAAGAACGUCGCGGCCAACUGCGAACCCGCUGCCAAACAGCUCUACGCCAGGUACGAGCCAGUGGCGGAGGACUGCGCUGCGAUGGCGUGGCAGGCCCUCCACCGCCUCCCGCUCUUCCCCCAGGUUGCGCAAAUGGCGGUCCCCACGGCGGCGCACUGGUCGGAGAAGUACAACACCGCCGUCCGUGGCGCCGCCGGAAGGGGCUACGCCGUGGCCACCUUCCUCCCCCUGGUGCCCACCGAGAAGAUCUCCAAGAUUCUCGGGGCCUCUGCCGAAGAGUCGACGCCUCCGGUGGCGGCGCAGUGA